UAAAGUUCGAGAAUCAGAUAUAUUAAAGCCGAUUAUCACCUGCCUAUGAUGGAACUGAUGGGAUGGUCUUUCGAGGCAAACCCCGACCAUUGAGUUCGCGAAAUUCAACGGUCAGGAGGAUGCAGGGCUGUGGUUGUAUGCAGCAGAGAGGUGGUUCAGGAAUCACCCCAUAUCGGAGGAGAGGAAGGCGCAUCUAGCGUCCUUCUACUUAGAAGGUGAAGCACUACAGUGGUGAGAGUAGAUGGAGAGAUCCUACAGGACAGCGGGAACCUUGAUCACCUGGCCGAUGUUUCAGGAGGAGCUCCGUUACCAGUCGAUAAAUCGAAGGGGUAGGCCCCGGAGCAGUUGGCUAAGCUGAAGCAGACCAGCUCAGUUGCGGAUUAUCGUGCGGAGUUCUUCAAGCUGGACAAUCAAUGUCGUGGGGUCCUCGAGGAUACAUUGGUGGGGCUGUGUAUGGCAGGCCUAAAACCGGUGAUUGAUGCUGCCGUCCGGGUCUUUGAGCCGGACUCUUUGAAAUCUGCUUUUCGUCUUGCAGGGUAUAAGAAAGAGGAGCUUGCGAGUUGGUGGAGCACCAUAGGGCGCUACCCGCGAACCAGUGGCGCGGGGAGCAGUGGCGGAGCUGGCAGUGGAAGAGGAAGAGGCGUGGCUGGAGCAACCGCGGGAGCUGGAGGAUCAGCGGCGGCGGCGGCGCCAGUGGCUGCGGUGAAGGGUGGGAUGCGGCCGCCACCGAAGGGGUUUGUGCGGUUGUCCCCUGCGGAGAGCGAGCAGAAGAGGCGGGAAGGGAAGUGCUUUAAUUGCGACGAGAGGUUAACGAUCAGUCACAAGUGUGCACGCCCCGACUUGAUGAUGCUGGUCGGAAGGUGGAAGGACGAGGCAGAGGAUGAGGCGAGAGAAAAAGAAGAAGCAGUGGAAGGCUACCAACCUUGAGGACAAGGUUGUUUUGAAGAGAGCGGGAAUGAUAGACGAUUUGAUUAUUUGUGUUUUAUAUUCGGAUUGAAUUAUUUUGUUUGGGCUUAUUUUGGUUAUUGGGGAAUAAUUUGGGGAUUUAUAAGUUGGGGUAGUUAGUAGGUAAUUGUGUUUGGAUAUUUAAACUCUUGUUUUACGUAGGAAAGGCAAGCAAAAAAGAUUAAACCUAAAAACUACUCUUUCUCUCUUCUCUUUCCCUAGCCGCCGAGCCUUUCCCUCUCCCUCUAAAAGCUGCCGAUCGGCAGCCCCCUUGUCCCCUUCCUUCUUCUUUCCUCAAUUCCUCCUAAAUCACCUUCCUCCAAUUUUCAAAUUCCUGAUCAAUCCCUAAUUGAUCCCAAACCCCCAAUCCCUCGAGCUCAAUCCGGAGCUCAAUCACAUUUCUUUUUCUUUCUUACGGAGACGAUAUUCUUUUA